ACUCCAGGAGAAAACGCCACUGCACCGCACGUCACUGUAUUCCGGGUUAAUCUACCUGCAGGUGAAUCUGUGCAGCUCACUCUCUCUGGGCUCUGAACGCGCGUCUGCGAUUCUCUGCCGGACAGUGACUUUCCCCGGGACGUGAACACAUCAUGAUGGAUUCAUGACUGCGCCGCUCACUGAACUAAAGAUCCGGUUAAUAGCUCUGCUUCUCAGGAUGACUUUGUUCCUGCUGUUGAUGUUGGUGACUGUAGAAAGUAGUCGGUCGGAGGUUUACACCAACCACUGGGCAGUGAGGGUCUCCGGGGGGCCUCAGCGGGCGGACAGAGUGGCAGCGAAAUACGGAUACAUCAACUUCGGACAGAUAGGAAGUCUGGAAGAUCAUUACCAUUUCCACCACAGCAGAGUGGUUCGCAGGGCUGCGUUCUCUCUGAAGGGCCCCCACAGCUUCAUCCAUAUGGACCCCGAGGUGGACUGGGCUCAGCAGCAGGUAGUGAAGCCAAGAGUAAAGAGGUUUGCUCAGAGCGACCCAAGCUUCAUUCCUUUCAAUGACCCUAAGUGGUCCAACAUGUGGUACAUUCAUUGUAGUGAUAAUAACAGCCAGUGUCGCUCAGAGAUGAACAUCCAGGCAGCCUGGCAGAGGGGCUACACCGGCAAGAAUGUGGUGGUCACCAUACUGGAUGACGGCAUCGAGUGGAGCCACCCUGAUCUGGCUCAGAACUAUGACCAUCUAGCAAGUUAUGACGUCAAUGGGAAUGACCAUGACCCUACACCACGUUAUGACUUCCGCAAUGCUAACGUACAUGGAACUCGGUGUGCGGGUGAAGUUGCAGCAGCUGCCAACAACUCCCAUUGUAUCGUUGGGAUCGCCUAUAAUGCUCGCAUCGGAGGGAUUCGGAUGCUUGAUGGUGAAGUGACCGAUUUAGUCGAAGCCAAGUCCCUGGGAGUGCGACCUGACUACAUCGACAUCUACAGUGCUAGCUGGGGGCCAAAAGACGAUGGCAAGACAGUGGAUGGCCCAGGGCAGCUAACUAAGCAGGCUUUUGAGCAAGGCAUCAAGAAGGGUCGCAAAGGCUUGGGGUCCAUUUUUGUCUGGGCGUCAGGUAACGGGGGCCGGCAGGGGGACCACUGUUCAUGUGACGGUUACACCAGCAGUAUCUACACCAUCUCCAUCUCUAGCGCCACAGAGAACGGAAACAAGCCCUGGUACCUGGAGGCCUGCAGCUCCAUCCUGGCGACCACUUACAGCAGUGGAGAGUUUAACGAGAGGAAGAUUGUGA